AUGAACAAUAGACCAGUCGAGCAAUCAUUAAACACACUACUACCAACUCACGCCAAUGAUCUCCCUCCAGAGCUCGUCAGCUUAGCUUCCUCCCUCGUCGCGCAAUCGCGAAGCUUCUCGGCCAGCCUCAAGCCCGAGGAGGAGAUCGCGCGGCCGUAUGCUUGUGCUGAGAUUGCUUGCCGGAGGCUAGGUCGAGCCCUCCGGCUACCCCCGUUACUAGGCCAUCCGCCCUGUCCUCCGCGCGUCUACAAAAAGCUGUAUAGCUUCCUGGAUCGGUCUUUAGGCUCGAGUACAGCAUCAGCCAAACGUUCGGCUAAUGGCUCAGCACCCGGGACUCCUACACGCGCGGGAUCGAACCCAUCUACGCCUACAAAGGACAGAACGACACUCGCCCGGACACCAUCGAAAUCAGCCGUGCCAGGCACGCCACGCGGACUCCAGAACACCCCGAGCAAACCCACGCCGUUGAAAAGAGCGAUUAGCAACGUCGAUUCGCCGUCUCGUACAGUUACACCACAGAGGACGGAAAAGAAGAUCAGACCCAAUGGUCUUCCGGGCUCGACGAUUAUUCCUGACGCGCCGGGAUGGGUGAUGGCUUCCAUCCGGACGGUGUGCAAGACACUCUCGACCCCGGCACCGAGAACGAGUACUUGGUCCCGACCUCCUAUAUCAAAGACGUUUCCGCCGCAUAUGUUCACCGGCACGUCCUCCAUUCUUUUCUUUAUUUCGAAAAUAUCGAACAAUGAUACCGACGCGGAUCUCGACGAGGAAAUGCUGGAGUUCCUAGAACCGGUCAUGACAGCAAGGGAUCUGGAAAAAGACGAGGAUUUCAAGGAAUUGAUCAACGCCUUAAUCGUGGCAAUCUACUUCCUCGUCCUCGCCCGCCGGCGAAACUCUGUCGACGUCGAUGACGAGCAAAACGGGGGAUCCAAGAAGCUCGAUAAAAAGACCUUUUCCGAAAUGCGCCAAACAGCCCUCGUCAGUCUCGGUUUCCCAGCAAACGAGCGCCGACACCGCGCAGAUGUCGAUCAGUGGAUUGCACUCAUCAUGGAACAGAAUUGGGCUCACGGACAAGAAUGGUUCGAGAAUAUCCCGCAGGCCGGCGAGUUAGACGGUGAAGAGGAAUAUGAGUCGGAUGAUGGCGCUGCUGAUGAAGGGGAAACCGCGAAGCGACCAAAGACUGGCCGUGGAUUGCUGAAUGCGUCGAGGAAGGGUCUACUUCCGGGAUUGGGGACGAUGAUGCAGGAUCGGGUAGAUUGGUUGAGCGAGGACCGGCAGGAGGAUUAUUUGGAGUGGAAGGCGGAUAUUAUGGGAAGGAUUGAGCAGGUUGGAAGGACUGGUCGGGUUGGUGCGUAG